GGUUGCUUUCAGGUGUAGUAGUCUUUAUUCCCAAGGCAAUUAAAGAGAAAAAGAAAGGCCAUUUCACCGGUAAUGUUUACUGUAGUAUCGUGAAAUACCGAGAUCUGCUAUCGAGGAAAAAACAAACAAAAAAAUAUGAUGAAAAUUAGAGUAUGUUGAUGAUGAUGUUAGGGGCGGUGCAGUUAGGAGCUGCGGCGGCGUGCGUGGUGGUUUUAGUUCCAAUGGGAAUGGCUGGUUGGCACUUGAGUCGUAACAAGAUGCUCUUUUUCAGUGGUGCCCUUUUCAUUUCUCUCGCCAUUUGUGUUCAUUUAACUCCUUAUUUCCCUUCGGUUCCCGAUUUCGUCACAUCCGUCUCUUCCGCCGUUGUUUUCGAUCACCGUUCUUCUUGUAUCAAUUUAGUCAACGAGAUUUCUUGGGAAGUCAAGCCCAACGCUUCUUUUCAUCAUUUCAACAACACCCAGAAUUCCUCUUCCAUUGCUGAUUUUUACGAUAAGCGUUGGGAUUGGUCCGAUUCUUAUAAGCUUAAAGCUUGUGAGUUUACGAAAUUGUCUAAAUCUGAUGCUUCUGACUUGCUGAACGGCUCUUGGGUGGUCAUCGCCGGUGAUUCACAAGCACGAUUGUUCACCCUCUCUUUGUUAAAUCUGAUUUUGGGUCCUCAAUCUCAACGCAUGGAUUCAGUUCGAGCUGAUUUGUUCAAAAGGCAUAGCGAUUACAGCGUUUUAGUUAACGAAACCGGUAUGAAAUUGGAUUUCAUUUGGGCACCUUAUGUUAUGAAUUUGACCAAUUUGGUGAUGAAUUUCAAGACCCAAAAGAAUUGCCCUGAUGUUAUGAUCAUGGGUGCUGGUCUUUGGCACAUGCUUCAUUUCACCAAUGCAUCAGAUUAUGAUCUGCACUUGCAUAUAUUAAAAACUCAAGUAGUUUCCUUGUUGCCAUUUUCAACUGAGUUAGCCAUGAAUGAACCGGUAACUGGCUCAGUCCCCAUCAAGUCAUCCCACCUGUUUUGGCUCGGGAUGCCGGUGCUGAUCAAUGGGAUGUUGAACACAGAGGAGAAGAGGGCGAAGAUGAAUGAUGCAAUGUGGCAUGCCUAUGAUAAAGCACUCGGUGAUAGUAAGCUUUUACGCCAAACCGGUGGCCCUCUGUUUUUGUUGGAUUUUCAGUCAUUAACUUGGAAUUGUGGCCCGCAUUGUACAUCUGAUGGCAUGCAUUAUGAUGGAGCUAUCUAUGAAGCUGCUGUUCAGAUUAUGCUAAAUACAUUGCUUAUUGAAUCUCAUCAAACUCUUUGAUUACUCUUAAAUCCUGUUCUUAGCUGUUUUUUUAUUAUACCUAUUAUUUUACAGCAACCUUGAGAAAGAAAGAAGAGGCUUGAUUCUUGCCAGUUUUUUCCUUUGAUUUGGAUUAACACACAAGUAUGCUUUUUUUGUAUGACAAUUUCUUUUUACAUGUUUGAAAACCAAAUAUUCAUUUGUUUGUAUACUAUAGCUUCAUCACACUUUGAUUGAUUCAAAUCUAAAGUUUUGUGAACAAA